AUGGAGGACUCCAACCAGACUUAUGUGAAUGGAUUCAUUCUCCUUGGUCUGUCGACCAUCCCGAACCUUCAAGCUAUUUUCUUCUCCCUGUUUCUGUCUAUGUACAUAGCCACUAUAAUAGGAAACACUUUGCUUAUUGUAGCUGUGAGACUAAAUACUCAGCUCCAGACCCCAAUGUAUUUAUUCCUCUGUAAUCUCGCCUUCAUUGACAUCUGUUUCUCCACCACCGUAGUGCCCCAACUUUUGGUAAACACUUUAGUUGAGGAUGGAAGAAUUUCACUGUUGGGUUGUGUGACUCAGAUGUUCAUUUCUUUAGUUCUUGGUGCAACAGAAUGUUUACUGCUGGCAGUCAUGUCCUUCGACCGAUACGCAGCUAUCUGUAAACCAUUACACUACAAUGUUAUCAUGAGCAAGAGAUUGUGCAUCGCACUAGCGACUGGAUGCUGGACAUUCUGUAUAAUAAAUUCCUUUGUCCAUGUUGUACUAACCUUUAAACUGCCCUUUUGCAGGUCCCACUAUGUCAACCACUUCUUUUGUGAGGUGCCUCCAUUCUUUCGAAUUUCUUGUGCUGACACCUGGUUUAACGAGGUUGCAAUGUACAUUUCAGCUGUGACUAUUGGGAUGUGUUCCUUCUUGUUGACUCUAACAUCAUACAUUCAUAUUAUAUCCACAAUAUUAAAGAUCCGUUCUUCUGAGGGACGUCAUAAAGUUUUCUCGACCUGCGCAUCUCAUCUUAUCGUGGUCAGUCUCUAUUACACAACCAUCAUGUCCAUGUAUCUGCGCCCACAUUCCGCAUACUACCCCGAAACAGACAAGGGUAUUUCUAUUCUCUACACCACAGUUACACCAAUGCUGAAUCCCAUUGUAUACAGCAUCAGAAAUAAACCUGUUAAAUGGACCUUAAAGAGAAUAUUUACCAGCCUAUAAUCAGUAGAAGACCUUUCAGUUGGAUUUCAUCCAA